AGCUUGCAGCAGAACAGGAAGCGACUGCUACAGAGCGCGCGGGGGGGGGGACCUGCAAUCAACGACGACAUCAACAGCACUGCGGCUCGGGAAUAUCUUUCUUCACCAUCAUGUAGCUUCGAGACAGAACGAUUGCAGAGAUACACUUCUAUAAUAGCUGGAUAUAAUAGUGUGGCUGUGCAUUGAGAUAAAAAUCCAAAUUGGAUGAGGAAGCUGGCUAGGCUAACUGCUCCAGGAAAAAUGAAGGAGGUGAAGGGUUGCGGUAUGCGGUCCUCCGUGGGCUUUCUGUCCCAGAGAAGGCUCUUCGGUAACCCGCUGAUGAAGGAAGAAUUUCAGAGACUCCGGUUGGCAGGAUGCACAAGCCUUUACAAGAAAGACAUGCUGGGACAUUUCGGGUGUGUAAACGCCAUAGAGUUUUCCAACAAUGGAGGAGAAUACCUUGUGUCCGGAGGGGAUGACCGCAGGGUGUUACUAUGGAACAUGGAGAGAGCUCUUCAUGCCCGCUCAGCCAAGCCUCUCAAACUGAAGGGAGAACACCUCUCCAACAUUUUCUGUCUGGCAUUCGACAGCACCAACAAAAGGGUGUUUUCUGGGGGCAACGAUGAACAGGUCAUCCUUCAUGAUGUAGAACGAGGCGAGACUCUGAACGUGUUCCUUCACGACGAUGCGGUGUACGGCCUGUCAGUCAGCCCCGUUAACGACAACGUGUUCGCCAGCUCCUCGGACGACGGACGGGUCCUCAUCUGGGACACACGGGAGCGGCCACACGGAGAGCCCUUCUGUCUGGCCAACUACCCAUCAGCCUUCCACAGUGUGAUGUUUAACCCGGCAGAGCCCCGACUCCUGGCUACAGCCAACUCCAAGGAAGGGGUGGGGCUGUGGGACAUACGCAAGCCUCGCACUUCUCUGCUGCGGUACGGCGGCAGCAUGUCCCUCCAGAGUGCCAUGUCGGUGCGUUUUAACAGCGCAGGGACCCAGCUCCUGGCCUUGCGUCGCAGGCUACCCCCGGUCCUCUACGAGCUACACUCUCGCCUACCCAGCUUCCAGUUCGACAACCAGGGCUACUUCAACUCCUGUACCAUGAAGAGCUGCUGCUUCGCUGGAGACGAGGAUCAGUACAUCUUGUCUGGAUCAGAUGACUUCAACCUUUACAUGUGGAGAAUCCCCAAGGAUCCUGAAGCAGGAGGCCCGGGUCGUGUGGUCAACGGAGCGUCCAUGGUCCUGAAAGGUCACCGUUCCAUCGUGAACCAAGUCCGGUUUAACCCCAGCACCUAUAUGAUCUGCUCCUCCGGGGUCGAGAAGGUCAUCAAGGCGUGGAGCCCCUACCAGCAGACGGAGAGUCUGGGAGACCUGGAUAGUCAUGUGGAGGAUAAGUCCAGGAGUCUGUACAGCCACGAGGAGUACAUCAACUUGGUCCUGAACAGCGGCAGUGGCCUGAGCCACGACUACGUCUCACAGUCCAUCCAGGAGGAUCCUCGUAUGAUGGCCUUCUUUGACUCUCUGGUUCGUCGGGAGAUCGAGGGCUGGAGUUCGGACUCAGACAGUGACCUGAGCGAGGGGGCUAUCCUGCAGCUCCACGCCAGGGGACGUCGCUCCACACGGGCUAUAAGAGACGGCGCCGGGGUCCUGGUUGGGAGUGGAGUCGCCACGCCUGUACCGCCCUCUGCUGCUGCUACCGCCGACUCAGACCACUCCUCAUCGUCCUCAUUAGCUGCCCCCGAGGCCUCGGGGGCGGAGCAUCCUGAAGGGGUGGAGCCACUGCAGCCGAGGAGGCGUGGCAGCAGAUAUCAGCAGUCUGUGUUCUUAUUGGACCUGGUGGGAGAGGACUCUGACUCCAGUGGAUUCUGGCCAGACCCCAUGCCCCGGCCUCGCUCUCCCAGCCCCCGAGACAACUCCACCCUCUCCAGCCCCACCUCCUCCCCCGCCGGCGCCUCCUCUAGCUCCUCCUCUUCCACCUCCUCCACCAGCUCUGAGGACGAGGAGCAGAGGAGAGCCAGUAGGAGACAACGUACUGCAGCCCGCUGGCGCCGCAUGCAUUUCCCCCGCCUGUCCAGUGGGGGGCGCCCCGAGUCCGCCCAGGCCUUGUACCCCGGGGGGGUCGACUCCUGCUCCUACCCCAAGAUCUCAAUCGACGAGGCCUCAUCCUCCUCCGCGUCCUCCACGGAGCUUCAGCAGGACCAGGACUCGGUUCAAAUCGGACCCCACAGAAGUGGCUCUAAAACGGGGAGACGCAAGUCGCACACCCUUCCUGGUUCUAGCCCUGCGGUGUCUCUGGACAGCCAGGACGACCGAGCGGAGCAGGAGGGGCUCCUCAUCGCCUCCCUUCUGUCUCAAGACGCCCUGCAGCAGAGGAACGAGUCCCGGGCAGGAAGGGUUGGGGAGAGGAGGGCUGCUUUAGAGAGGAUGGCCGAGGGCUUAGAUAGUCCUGAAGAGGCCGAUGAGUCAGAUCAUAGUCGCUGGAUCUCCCCUAGUUCCAGACACCACAGCCCUGGGCUGAACGGGCUGCAGCACCUUGACAUGACUGAGGUGCCGGUAGGCUGUAGGGGUCGCCUGGCUCCAGACCUAUUUGAAUCCUCAGACUCCGAGGGAGAGAGAGAGACCUUAGAGUUGAAAUCAGCAGGCACUAGGACCCUGGUGGAGGAGGAGGAGGAGGGGGAGGAGGGGGGGUCGUCAUCGUCUCAGAGAGGCCCAUCCCAGGGUGCGCUGAAACGGACUCACCUUGGGUCAAGUGGUCAAGGGUCAGGGGAGGGGUCAGGGGGGUCGGAGACCUCAGAGAAGAAGUUCAAGACAUGAUGAUUGCACCUGAGGUGCCAGGUGAUCAUUUGGUUUAGGACCGGUUACGUCUCAAAUGACACCCUGUUCCCUAUGGUGUACUACUUUAGGGCUACAGUAACCCAUAGACAGUAACCCGUAGACUUAGGGCUACAGUGACCCGUAGACUUAGGGCUACAGUGACCCGUAGACAGUAACCCGUAGGCUUUAGGGCUACAGUGACCCGUAGGCUUUAGGGCUACAGUGACCCGUAGGCUUUAGGGCUACAGUGACCCGUAGGCUUUAGGGCUACAGUGACCCGUAGGCUUUAGGGCUACAGUAACCCGUAGACUUUAGGGCUACAGUAACCCGUAGACUUUAGGGCUACAGUAACCCAUAGACAGUAACCCGUAGACUUUAGGGCUACAGUAACCCGUAGACUUUAGGGCUACAGUAACCCGUAGGCUUUAGGGCUACAGUAACCCGUAGGCUUUAGGGCUACAGUAACCCGUAGGCUUUAGGGCUACAGUAACCCGUAGGCUUUAGGGCUACAGUAACCCGUAGGCUUUAGGGCUACAGUAACCCGUAGGCUUUAGGGCUACAGUAACCCGUAGGCUUUAGGGCUACAGUAACCCGUAGGCUUUAGGGCUACAGUAACCCGUAGGCUUUAGGGCUACAGUAACCCGUAGGCUUUAGGGCUACAGUAACCCGUAGGCUUUAGGGCUACAGUAACCCGUAGACUUUAGGGCUACAGUAACCCGUAGACUUUAGGGCUACAGUAACCCGUAGACUUUAGGGCUACAGUAACCCGUAGACUUUAGGGCUACAGUAACCCGUAGACUUUAGGGCUACAGUAACCCGUAGACUUUAGGGCUACAGUAACCCGUAGACCUUAGGGCUACAGUAACCCGUAGACCUUAGGGCUACAGUAACCCGUAGGCUUUAGGGCUACAGUAACCCGUAGGCUUUAGGGCUACAGUGACCCGUAGACUUUAGGACUACAGUGACCCGUAGACUUUAGGGCUACAGUGACCCGUAGACCUUAGGGCUACAGUAACCCGUAGACUUGAGGGAUUGGGUGUCAUUUCAGAAGCCUGAGACUCAAUUUAGGGUGGCUUUUCAAUGUGUUUUUACAAUCCAGUUUCUUGGUUUGGCGUCACUCUAAAAAGGGUCUCGCAAUUUUGAGAGAUUGGGCGAGGUGGUUUUGCGCGGACCGGGUGGAGCUGGCAUUUUUAGACCAUUCCAUUGGUCCUAAAGUGGCUUCUUCACCCACCGCCCAUUGGGACACGUGUUCUUCUGUGAGCAAAUCACAGUGAGGUCAUCACUUCUGUGGUCAAACCACAAAGAUGCCAUAAUUUACUAACAUAUAAGUAAUCAUAUUGAUAGUAAUGCUAUUGUUAAUUAUUUUGCUAGUCAUUUAGUCUUAAGGCAGAAUUUUAUUUUAUUUUUUAUGUUCAUGUUUUGAAACAAAUACAGAAUUUUAAGAGAACACUCAUGGGGGGGCUGAAAUUCAGGACUAAAGCUUUUCGACUGCGGAUUUGAUUUCAAUUGGAGUUAAAACGAGACUGGAUUCAUUUAGAUUUUUCAGUGCUUAGCUUGGUGAAGUUUAUGCGUUUCCAUGGCAAUCUGGUGGAGCCAGCCCAACCCAGCUGUUUGAGUUGUGCAUUAAAGAAGGUAUGAUUUAUUAUGAUUUCAGUGUUUAAAAGGAAUCGAUUGCUCUCGUCUCCUCUCCUUCCUGACCCAAACCCUCUGUUACCAAGCAGCAGCAAGUGUCUUUUUGUUGUUGCUGCUUUCUUCAAUUAAAGAAUCAUUCAUUUAUCAAUGAUUUCACUGCCA